UCCCGGCGCCGCGCGGACCAUGGCUGGCUGCGGGGGGCUGGCCCUGUUCCUGGCCGCCCUGCUGGGCAGCGCGUGGGCGCGAAGGAGCCAGGACCUGCGUUGUGGAGCCUGCAGGGCUCUUGUGGAUGAACUGGAGUGGGAAAUUGCCCAAGUAGACCCCAAGAAGACCAUCCAGAUGGGUUCCUUUCGUAUCAACCCUGAUGGCAGCCAGUCAUUUGUGGAGGUACCCUAUGCCCGCUCAGAAGCCCACUUGACAGAACUGCUGGAACGGGUUUGUGAGCAAAUGAAGGAAUAUGGGGAACAAGCCGACCCCACCACUCAUCGAAAGAAUUACGUACGGGUAGUGACCCGGGACAAGAGAGCUAAUGAGCCAGACGUGGAAAGCGUUCGAAUUGACGGAGACAUCAGAGCCAGCCUCAAGUUUGCUUGUGAGAGCAUCGUAGAAGAAUAUGAGGAUGAGCUCAUUGAGUUUUUUUCCCGAGAGACUGACAAUGUCAAAGACCGGCUCUGUAGCAAACGUACAGAUUUGUGUGACCACGCCCUGCACAUAUCUCAUGAUGAGCUGUGACCCACUGGAGCAUCCCUCAACCCAGUCAGACCUGACGGAUCACCCCCCAGGAGGGGAAAAGGGGCUGCAAUGCCUUUUAUAUGAUGUUUUUACUAAAAUGAACCCAAAAAAAGGAGGAAAAAAAAAAGAAACCAUGGUGCAAAUGAA